AUGAAUACAGUUCAAGUCGUGCUCAAAGAUGCCUCCGACGACCCUGACACCUCCAGUGUUCUCUUGAACAGAGUCAUAACCCUGUCAGCGGAUAAUGCAUGGACGGUCAGAGUGGGCCGAGCGACUUCUACUGGUUCUGGUCCAACUGAAAAGAUUGACAAUGCCUGCUUCAAAUCCAGAGUGAUUUCCCGAGAGCAUGCUUACAUCUCUGCCAAUCCAAAGUCAGGUGCCGUCACGAUCGAAGAUGUGGGAUCUAUGCAUGGCACGCAUCUCUACCGCCAUAGACUGCAGCGAGACCAGCCCCGAGAUCUCGUCCAAGGGAAUGUCAUUGUCUUUGGCGCUGCAGUUGAUCGUGGACAACGUAAGUUCAUGCAGGCAUUCAUUCAGAAUAAACGCUUACGGUUCAAAGACACAUUCAAACCAAUCCAGGUACAAGUUCACUGGACUUGGGUUUACGAUCAGCCUUCGUCAUCCAUCUCAAUCGCAGCCUUGCCCAACAGCUUUACUGCACCGGAUGACUUGGAGGACGACGACGUCUACGAUCAUGGCUACUCCGACGAAGAUGUGAAUGAGGAAAAUGCUCACAGUGUCGACCCACCCCGCCGCUUUACUGUUCCCGAGUCGGACUACUCGGACGACCUCGUCAGCAUUAUCUCGGAUGAUUCUGCUAAUGAUCAUGAGUCACCCUCAUCGAGCCCCGUCGUGCUGCAAGAAGAAGUGACUCUUAUCAGCGAAAAGUCGGCCCAGCAUGCUUCGGACUUCGAAGGUCACGCCUCUCAACAUGCUCGACAAAUAUCUGAGGAGAUCGCUUCGCCUGCUCAACGACCUUGGCUGCAGUCGCAACUCCCGAAUGUCGCCGCACUCUUGGAGAAUGAGGCUGAACGCCUGAGUGCCGUCAAGCAUGCUCCGGUCUCCUGUUCCCAUGAAGACGACUACGGUGUCGGUGAUGAAGAGUCUGAAGGAGAAGAAGUAGACGAUUUCGAUGAGAUCGACGAAUUUGAGAGCCAAGAUCCUGCGCCCGCCGAGCCGAGCUUCAGCCUCGAGGUGCCAGUGGUUGCGAUGUCUCAACGUGAUCCAAGCCCAUCGGAUGCUGCAAUGGUCAAACCCACCACUGCCAUGUCCCGGGCGCCUCCAUUCGACCAACAGUCACCGCCUGUCCAAGAUGGCGCCGAGGUCAAGCCAGAGUCUGGCCUCCGAUCGGAUAAUGCGUGGGCCGGUCACAAUGCUGUACUUCACGAACCCCUUCCGCCUAUGAUGGCGCCCAUGUACGAUGCUUACUCGCCAAUUUCGAUGCCGGAUCAAGCCUUCGACCACAUGUAUCAAGUUGGCUACUACGCACCACCGUUUGCCAUUCCACCAACGACACCGGUCAUGCCUGCGGUCCUGCAGCGUCAGACUUAUCCGGCGCCUAGAGUGGGCCGCAAACGCAAAGCCUCCGAUAUGUCUGAGAUUGAUGAGGCAGCCACUCAUGAAGAAGCCGCGGCUAUGUUGAGCUCGGCCACUCCAGAGCUUGCCUCUGCUUCGACCGCGCCCUCUGAUGACUUGGCUACGGACGUCGAGCCCAAUGUUCAAGCGCCCGUCAUCACUGUCACCGAAACAGUCGACAGCAUCAAGUCACCACCACCCGCCGCUCUCGAGCCUGUCCGAAAGAAGCAGAAGAGAAGCACAGCCGACUCCGGUGCUCGUGCCCCGGGCGAUGGUCCAACCUUUGCUAAACUUGCGGGGACAGCUCUCGUUGGUGCAACUUUUGGGGCUACUUUUGGUGCCAUCGGUGUUAUUCUCGCUCUCGCUGCUCUUCCUCAGGAUUUCUUCGUGUGA